UUCAAACAGUGUUCCAGAUGAGCACAAAGCUGUAACUACAUGUGUGUAAAAUAUAAAAUUUACAGCACGACAAAGCUAAAAGAACAAAACAAAACAAUACAAAGCUAGAAAACAAAAGUACCAAGUAUGGAUAAUGCAAACCAAUGCAUAGCAUUUUAUAUAUAUCCUUGUGUAUUAGUGCAAGAAAACUACUAAACGAAAACACAGAGGUUUGGGUACAGACCCAUUUUUCUAAUUAUUCUCCUUCACAAACCAAUGAAUAGACUGAGCAUCCUUCUGCUUCUUUCUCAUUCACAAAUUGCUCAAAAGAUCUUGCUCUUCUUCUUUAUCAAAUCGAAUAUCCUUCACAAAUUGAUCAACAGCUCUUCCUCUUCUCCUUUGCAAAUCGGCAGAUUGAAAAAGCAGAGCAAUUGAUCAACUUCUUCUUCUUCUUCUUCUUUAUCUUCUAGAUACUUUUACAAUCUAUUCGUUCCUUAUUUGUUUGGUAAGAAAAAUUAAGUGAAAAGUCUUCUUCUUAUGAUUAAAUAUGUUAUGAUUUUCAAUUGCCCAGGUUGUAUCACUUUAAUGAAAAAGGAAAAGUGGAAUUUAUUUUAUUUUUUGAUUUCCCACACCCCACGCGCCCCACACUCCAUGGCUCUCCAAUUCUAUACCAACCCUCCACUCAUAGAAUAUAUUAAUUCGAUUGUCUUGUUUCGGCGAAAUAGGUGGAAGGUUAUUAUCAUUAACGAAAAAAGACAGGGUGUAUGAAGCUUCCGUAGUCGGCAGUCAAUUUGUCAAUUGUCAUGAUGAAUAAAGACGCAUACCAACCCAUAUUAAUUGUGGGUCCCUUAAUCAAUAAGCUGAGCUACCAAUUCCCACAAGCAUUUACAUCAAGUUUUCUUCACAAUCCGUGUCCAUCCUCAUAAUGGCACGGUCCCAAUCAGUGAAAAUACUAGAGGUUUGUCGAGUAGCUCCACCACCAGCCGUACCAAACUUGGCCUCGCCAACCUCUCUCCCUCUCACCUUCUUCGAUUUACACUGGUUAAGAUUUCCACCGGUGGAGCGUCUUUUCUUUUACGAAUUCUCUUCGUCUAACACACCCUUGUUCGAUUCCAUUAUUCCAAAGCUCAAGCACUCCCUUUCUCUCACCCUCCAACACUAUCUCCCUCUAGCGGGAAACCUUGUUUGGCCACAAGACUCUCACAAACCUUUCAUCAAAUAUCUUGACGGCGACGGAGUUUCGCUUACAAUAGCCGAAUCUAACUUGGAUUUUUAUCAUCUCUCUAGCAACGAAUUUCGCGAAGCCACAGAAUGCCAUCCUCUUAUUCCCCACUUGGAAGUGUCCCACGAAAAAGCAGCUGUGGUGGCACUGCAGAUUACUCUGUUUCCAAACUCUGGCUUUUGCAUUGCAAUCACUUCCCACCAUGCAGUUAUGGACGGUAAAACCUCAACUUCGUUUAUGAAGUCAUGGGCUUAAAUAUGCAAUAAAAAUGCCGGAUCUCCAGAUACGCCGCCGUCAUCGUCGCCGUUGCCACCGGAGCUUAUACCAUUUUAUGACAGGACAGUUAUUAAAGACCCUGCAGAACUCGAAGUGAUUCACUUGAACGAGUUGCUAAAGCAAGACGGACCCAAUAACAGAAGCCUAACGUUAAGGGAAGCUCAAGUUAAACCAGGUUUAGUCCGAGCCACUUUCGAAUUGAGGCGAGAGGAAAUAGAAAAGUUGAGAAACUUUGUGUCGGCCAAGGUAAUAAGGGAAAAAUACGGGAAAAAUACGGGGUUUAGCUUUUGGUUUGUUUUCUCUCUUCUUCUUUUUAAAUAAUCAUACGGAUUAUUAGUUGGUGUAUGUAAAGGCAAUUGAUUAUUGAUAUACAAAAUAGAUUCAUAGUGUAAUGGUUGACUAAAGGAAGCUUGGUGUUUGAACUAGGCUCCAUUUUAGCAGGUUUUCGAUCUUUCUUACCUAAGAAAAAUAGGUCAAGGGCAGGUCAUCAGAACCGUCAGUGGAUGCUUAGUCUCAUGGAAGAGUGUAUAAUAUCUAUUGAUCGUAUUUUUUCUA